AUGACUGCACGAUUUUUUUUAACGGUCGCAAUUUUUCUGUUCGCGAUCUCGAACUGCUACGCCGUGCACGGGAUAAUUUGGCGCAAGCAAAAACAGGAAUUCGUGCAGUUGUUUAGUAUUCCGCAAUUCGCUGCUCUUCAAAAGGAAAAUAUAGCCAAACACCGUGCAAUGGAGAUGCAGGAUAUGAGCGGAGUAGUAGUGAAAGCUGUAUAUUACGAGGUAAAAAAUAUAGUAAUGUUUUACGAUAAUGAUACGAAAGUCAUGGGUGCUUGCGGCGAGCUGUGGCCUGUUCUCGCAGAGUAUCUCAAUUUUACUUUUAUCCCCGUAAAAAUCGAGGAGCAAAUUUUCGGUACAAUGUUGAAAAAUGGUACUUACACCGGUUUAGUUGGUAUGCUCGCACAAGGUAAAGCGGAUGUAAUCAUGAGAAGUGGAUAUUUUAAGGAUCGCACGAGUCUCGUGGAUUACACAACACCUCUUUGGAAAAGCGCGUUUCAUAUUUACGUUCGACCGGAAUGGCUAUUCGAUAAUUCUUGGGUAUUCACAUUACUUUCACCGGAAAUGUGGUUUUUUGUAGUAUGUUCGUUCGUUAUUUUAAGUUUCUUCGGCUACUUUCUGCAAAAAAUACCAAUGGAUAAGAAACAUAAAAGAAAAAACUCUGUAGAUUUCAGCUUGGGAGAUCACUUUUUCUAUUCGUUCGCCAUGAUGACUGCGCGAGGCUACAUACCUGAUUCUUUUUAUAAUAAGUUCAAGAUCUUGUCGUUAUCAAAAAGUAUAUUCGCAUGGUUAAUACUAUUAGCCUUCAGUUCUCAUCUCAUAUAUCGUAUGACAAAUAAACAAAUGACGUUGCCAUUUACGGAUCUACAAACUCUUUUUAAUAAUACAAAAUACAUCUUAUUAGCAUUCCGCGGCUCAUUUAGCUUCGAGGCUCUUAACAGUAAAAAUAUAGACUCAAAUGGUAAAAAUUCGUUCGCGCGUAUACAUUUCAUAGAUAAUGCGGAAGAUAUGCAGAGCAAAAUUUGCAACAAUCUGAAAAAGUACGCGAUGUAUGAGAUCGAGGAUCGAUACAUGGCAUUGGCUAGAAGUGGCUGUCCGCUUUAUGCCAUGGGCAGUUACAAUAAUACUUGGAUAACGUUCGCAGUCAGAAAGGAUUUCCGCUAUAAGAAAACUAUUAAUUCCGCUAUCAUUAAACUCAGGGAAACUGGAUUAUUGAAUGGUCUUAAAGAGUAUUGGCUUGGUAGUAAAAGAACUAAUAAAGAGCCGAUAAAUUUCAAAAUGAUCGAUUUCCAUCAAGUUUAUUUAAUUUUUCUAAUAUUAUGUUACGGGAUACUGAUAUCGCUUGUGAUACUCGUUUUGGAAAAUAUAACGUACUAUAAUACAAAAUAA